AGAUGGCGGCCUGCGCGCAGUCACGUGGUGUGUGCGCGGGGAGGUUCUGAUCUGAUAAAGUGUGAGCCGUGAGGGUUAAUAAAGUGUCAUGGCGGCCCCCGGGGAGCCCGCUCGGCCCUGGACUGAGGAGCAGCUGCACAGCGAUGACCUGCCCAAGAAAGACAUCAUUACCUUCCUGCAAGACAGCGCCUCCGACUCGUUUCUUUCAGAAUAUAAACUACAUGGGAACAUAAAGAAUGUAGCCAAAACUGCAAAGAAAGAUCACCUGGUUGCUGCUUUUAAUAAACUUUUUGAGACUAAGCGUUUCAAAGGCAUUGAUGCGCAGGACAACUUGGCAAAAGACGUGAAAGCUCUUAAAGUAGACGAUGAAAAGGUCAAAGAAACAAAACCAGAAGAGAUAGUAGACGAGGGUCCUCCCAAAUAUACCAAAUCUAUCCUCAAAAAGGGAGAUAAAGUUAAUGUCCCUAAGAAAGGAGACACCGUACACUGUUGGUACACUGGGACCUUGGAGGAUGGCACUGUGUUUGACUCAAAUAUCCAGACAAGCGCUAAGAAGAAGAAAGCUGCUAAACCUCUGAGUUUUAAAGUUGGAAUUGGCAAAGUCAUUCGAGGAUGGGAUGAAGCUCUCCUUACAAUGACCAAGGGCGAGAAAGCCAAACUCGAAAUCCAGCCAGAAUGGGCCUACGGCAAAAAAGGAAUGCCUGAUGCAAAAAUCCCACCUAAUGCGACGCUAUUCUUUGAAGUGGAGCUGGUGGAUAUAGAAUGAGCAUUUCUGUGAGAAAUACAUGACUAAGUUUGAUUUCCUCAUGUUCCUUAUUCUGGCCAAAAACUGUAAAUAAAACUACACGUGACCUGUGA